GCCCGUCAUCAAUUCGCCUCACGAUACCCUUCGACUGUACUUUAAACUGCAGAAGCGUAAGAGCGGCAUGACCUCAUAUCUGACGUGGGCCGCCAUCUAGUGACUCGUCGCGAGCCCCAAACGUUCGGCGCCAGCAGGCCUCGAUCCCUGAGCGUGUGCUCCCAUGGAGAUGCAGAAGCCGCGGCGCGGAGCGCACAGAAAGUCAAGACGGGGAUGCACGGCAUGCAAAGCCCGGCACGUCAAGUGCGACGAGCAAGGCCCUCCCUGCGCCAACUGCACCAUCCGCAACGUCGAAUGCAUCUAUAUCCCCACGCCGAGGCGCGACCAGUCGCCCACCUGGGUCAUCGAAUCCUACAACUCCAACUCUCGUUCCCACUCCUCGUCCAACAGCCUCAGCCCCGUGCGUCGCCCGCCCGCGACCAUCUCGCCGCUGUCCCUCUCCUCCUCCGAGUCCAGCAACCGCCUCCUCGAGCUCGAGCUCAUGCACCGCUGGUCCGUCCGCACGUGGCAGGGCAUGUACAGCCUGCCCACCUGCCAGUCCUUUCUCCAGGAGGACCUGCCGCGCCAGGGACUGCGGCACGGCUUUAUCCUCGACGGCAUCAUGGCCCUGGCGGCGGUCGAUGCCUCGCUGCAGGCUUCCUCAUCAUCGUCGUCGGGAGACCGCUCGACGGCGCGACGGUACAGGCGCGCGGCGCUCGAGUACUGCAACAAGGCGAGCGCCGCGUUCCGCGUCGCGUUGAACAUGCAGACCAUCACGCGUGAUACGCUGUACCUGCUCGCGACGUUUGGCUGCAUGGCGGGCUACUUUAACCUCAUCAUCUGGGACGACGACGGCGGCGGAGGCGGGGGGCGGUCCGCGCAGACGAGCAUGCUGGACCGCGUGCACGCCUCGUUCGUCAUGUUCGUCGGCUGCGCGCACACGGCGGCCCUCAACUGGCAGUGGUUCUUCGACAGCCCGACGUCGGCGCGCGUCGCCGCGGAGGAGUACUACCCGCGGCUCGAGUUCAUGGAGCUCAUCGACCCGCAGACCAAGACGGCCAUCAACCGCCUCUCGACGGUGAACCGGCUCGUGCGGCUACCGCUGCCGCCACCGGACGACGCGGGGGAGCUGGAUGGCGACUCGUCGGAGGAGAAGAAACGGCAGCGGCAGCGGCAAGGCCCGUUAUCAUACGACGUGUGGUCAUACCGCAUCGCCGUCGGACAGACCAAGUACGCCUUCGCAGAGCAGGCCGUAGGACGCAUCAAGGGCUUCCUCAUCAGCGUGCCGUGCAUGUGCGGGCCCGAGGUCAUCGAGGGCCUGCGCACGCGCGAGCCCGUCGCCAUGUUCGUGCUCAUGUACUGGGGCGUGCUGCUCGACGCGUGCGCCGCGGACCCGUGGCUGUGGUGGGCGGCCGGGCGGACGGGGCGGGACGUGGUCGAGGCGGCGUCGGCGGUGCUGGUGCGGUCGCCGGAGAUGUUUGCGCUCGAGGACGUGCGCGAGGGCAUCACGUGGGCAAGGGGGCGCGUCGGGCUGGACCCGUUGGUGCCGGUUGUGCGAGAGUUGGUUGACGAGCCGUUGCCUGUCGUGGCCUUGACGCACAUGCAGACGUGAGUGUCGAUGCUGGACAUGGACAUUGAUGUUACGAAGUAGAGAGUAUAUAUAGACGUGAGAGAUGAGGGGAGUUCAAGCAGGAAUUCUGAUGACUGGAGCCUGAUGGGUUAUCAGAGACUAUUGAAUUGAAGGAGAUACUCUUGGG